AGAAACGCGCUGGGGCUGCAACUUCCAUUUAUUAGUUUGUUAAUCAUCAAUUUUUUUACACAAAAUAGCCACAUAAUUCAUUUUGAGUUUCCUAGAGUCUGCUGGAAAUGAAUUGUUUUGUCUGGCCAACCGCUAAGCCCAUGAUAACACAAUUUAAUUUAUAGACAACAGGAAGGAAAAUCAUCAUAUUUAACAAUGUGGGAACAAAGUUUUGAUAGAAAAGUUACUCAAAUUACUUUGUUUAUUUCCCAACAUGUCUCUGCCUGUUCCAAUGUUUGAUCCGUGUGUAUGAGGAGCAGGGUUAUGUAUGUUGUAUUUCUGUAGCCACUUUGACACAGGUUUACUUUGUGUGCUACAGACUCUGUCAUGUUGUGUAUUCCCGCCUUGUAUCCAGUCACAAUAAUAUUAUUUUAAUGUACUUGGAAUGUUAGUGAAGGUUUACGCCUCGCGGGUGCGCUAGCUGUGUCUUUAACAGCAGGUAAGUCGCUUCUAAUUCUCCAAACCCGAUUACCUUUGUCACCCGUUCAGCCUGGUCGAGCUGCUCAGAGGCGCGAGUCGCUGCAGGCACCAACGACAGGCCGCACCUACUCGUCUCAGACUCUGAUUUGACCCCAAAGACUGAGAAUAACGGCGUCAAUCCUGUUCAUGAGUUAUAGGUUUACUUCAACACUUGUUUUGGCACCUUUGCUCAUUGAACCUGUGACCCCCCCCCCCCCAUACCCACAGAUGGUCCUUCUACUCCACCAUUGUCAUUUAUUUUCUCUCUUGCAAACCUGUCCCCCUAAUUCUGCCUCAAAAUGGUCGACUGUUGUCUCUUUUUUUUCAUGCCUGCCCAUGUUAGCCGAGGAGAUUAGAGCAAUCAGAUUAGGAGAGUUGCUGACCUGCCGGCAAGAGAGAGAGAGAGAGGGGGGGAGAGAAGGAGGGAGAGAGAGAGAGAGAGAGAGAGUGGCCAGCGAGGACAAAUACACAGCUCUUCCACCUGACUUAAUGUUUGCUGCUACUUCAGCCUCUUUCUGAACCGGUUUCUCUCGAUGUCGUACGACUUUUACAUCAUUCCAUAACAGGUUCGUCACAGUCUGAUGACCCCUUCCAGGGGUGAAGCUGAAGAGCAAUGAAGACGGGCGCUCAAAUCCGCCUGUUACUGUGGAAAAACUGGACCCUCCGCAAGAGACAGAAGGUCCGCUUCCUGGUGGAGAUCUGCUGGCCAGUGUUGCUGUUCAUUGGUCUGGUGUGGCUCAGGAAGGCCAAUCCACUGUACCAACAACAUGAAUGUCAUUUCCCCAACAAGGCCAUGCCUUCAGCCGGGAUUCUGCCCUGGAUCCAGGGCAUCUUCUGCAACGUCAACAACCCCUGCUUCCGAUACCCGACGAGAGGAGAGUCCCCGGGCGUCGUCUCCAACUAUAAUAACUCGGUAUUGGCCCGGUUCUAUGUGGAUGCCCAGGAGCUUCUGCUCAAGGAGACCGAGGUCCAGCAGCUCGGCCGACUUUGGCACGACGUGUCGUCCUUCUCAAACUUCAUGGAGACAUUGCGCAACAACCCAUCUUUGGUGUCGGGCCGUGGUCUGAAGCUGAAUGAUAUUCUGAAGGAUGACGAAGUUCUGACGGCCUUUCUUUUGCGAAACGCCAGCCUCUCGGAGUCUAUUGUCUACCAGCUGGUCAACGGCGAAAUACGACUGGAAGAGUUCGCCUCUGGUAUUCCAGACCUGCAGCUGAAGGACAUUGCCUGCAGCCAGACCCUGCUGCAGCGCUUCAUCAUCUUCCCCAGUCGCAUGGGCCUCCACGGGGUCCGCAACGCCAUGUGUGCCCUCACCCAGCCCAAGCUGCAGAAGAUAGAGGACGUCCUCUAUGCUAACAUGGACUUCUUCAAAAUCUUCAAACUGAUGCCUCAGGUUCUGGACCGCAGCUCCGAGGGGAUCGACCUGCGCCUCUGGGGUCGGGUCCUUAAGGUGACGUCGGAGAAGCUCCAAGUUCUGAUGGACCGGGAGAGUUCCCGGGAGCUCCUGAGGGCCGUUUCGUCUCUGUUUCAAAACGGGGGUCCCUCCUCAUUCACCCAGCUGAUGUCCAGUGCGUCGAGCCUCUUCUGUGGUUACCCCGAGGGGGGCGGCUCCAGGGUCCUGUCCUUCAACUGGUACGAGGACAACAACUACAAGGUGUUUCUGGGGGUCAACGCAACCAAGAACCACAACUACGUCUACGACGACACUGCCACUUCAUCCUGCAACGACUUGAUGCAGACCAUGGAGUCCAACCCCAUCACCAAAAUUGUGUGGAAUUCAGUCAAGCCCCUGCUGAUGGGAAAGAUUUUGUACACUCCCGACUCCCCUGCCGUCCACAAGAUAUUAAAGAGAGCCAACACAACAUUCGAGGAGUUGGAGAGGUUGCAGAACAUGGCCAAGGCCUGGGAGGAGUUGGGACCUCAACUCUGGACUUUCUUCGACAACAGUUUGCAGAUGAACAUGAUCAGGGACACGCUGAGAAACCCGACUGUGAUGGAGUUCAUGGACAAAAGUCUGGUGGACACCGACUUUACCACCAAACACGUUCUUAACUUCCUGCACAACGGUCCAGAGAACAACAGGGAGGCGGGCAUGCCCGACUUUGACUGGAGGAACAUUUUUAACAUCACCGACCAGAUGAUACGCACGUUCAACACGUAUGGCGAGUGCAUCAACCUGGAUAAGUUUGUUCCCUACACCGAUGAGUCCCAGAUGACCCACCAGGCCUUGUACCUGCUGGAGGAGAACAAGUUUUGGGCCGGCGUGGUCUUCAUGGACAUGUACCCCUGGACCACAAGUGUCCCGUCGCAUGUCAAGUACAAGAUCCGCAUGGACAUUGACGCGGUGGAGCGCACCAACAAGAUCAGAGACAGGUACUGGGACCCCGGCCCGAGAGCAGACCCCAUGGAGGAUCAGAGGUACAUCUGGGGGGGCUUCGCCUACCUGCAGGACAUGAUCGAACACGGCAUCAUCAAGCUUCACACGGGCCAAGACUGGCCACUCGGGGUCUACGUCCAGCAGAUGCCGUAUCCGUGCUAUGUGGAUGACCUCUUCAUGAUUACACUGAACCGCUGCUUCCCCAUGUUCAUGGUGCUGGCCUGGAUCUACUCUGUGUCCAUGACCGUGAAGAGCAUUGUGCUGGAGAAGGAGCUGCGCCUCAAGGAGACUCUCAAAGCCAUGGGGGUGGACAACGGCGUCAUUUGGUACACGUGUUUCAUCGACAGCUUCGUCAUGAUGACCGCAAGCACGGCGCUGCUCACCUUCAUCAUCAUCGGUGGAAAGGUGCUGAAUUACAGCGACCCUGUCCUCGUCUUCUUUUUCCUGUUGACUUUCACCGUGGCCACCAUCAUGCAGUGUUUCCUGAUGAGCGUGUUCUUCAACAAGGCCAACAUGGCGGCCGCCUGCAGCGGCAUCAUCUACUUCACCCUCUAUCUGCCGCAUGUCCUCUGCUUCGCCUGGCAGGACCGCAUCACCAAGAACAUAAAGUUGGCUGCUAGCUUGUUGUCUCCUGUAGCCUUCGGCUUUGGGACGGAGUACCUGUCGCGGUACGAGGAGCAGGGUUUAGGUCUGCAGUGGGACAACAUCAUGACCAGCCCGCUGGAGAAAGACUCCUACUCGUUCCUCACUUCCCUCCUCAUGAUGGUGUUUGAUGCUGUCCUCUACGGCGUCCUGGCCUGGUAUCUGGAUAACGUCUUCCCGGGACAGUACGGCGUUGGUCGGUCUUUCUACUUCCCGUUGCAGCCCUCCUACUGGCAAACACGGACCCCCUCACACAUAGCGAUGGCUGGUCAAGAUCCAGAGAAUCUUGGUCCUGACAACGUGGAGAAGGACGUUGAUGGCAGGGCCACACCAGAGUCCUACACCUGCAACGGUUCAGCCGGCAGGAAAGCCUGUAAGCACCAACGCAAGAGGGACCAACUGGAGAGGGAGAAGGAGCUGCUGAGACGACAAGAGGAAAGUCCAAACCCGGAGGAGUGUCAGGAAGGCCCGUUGUUCUUUGAGCCUGACCCAUUGGGCCUGGUAUUGGGGGUGCAGAUAGAGGACCUGACGAAGGUGUUUGAUGGAAGUUCUCGUCCAGCUGUCCACUGUCUCAGCAUCAAUUUCUAUGAAGGCCAGAUCACAUCGUUUUUGGGUCACAACGGGGCCGGAAAAACCACCACUCUGUCCAUCCUGACUGGCCUGUUCCCUCCUACGUCCGGCACGGCCUACAUUAAUGGAAGCGACAUUAGGACGGACAUGGACACAAUUCGCUCCUCCCUGGGAAUGUGUCCGCAGUACAACAUUCUCUUCAAAUAUCUCACAGUGGAAGAGCACAUCCUGUUUUACUCACUGCUGAAGGGGCGGACGCAGGAGGAGGCCCAGCGGGAGGUUGAGGACAUGCUGGUGGACCUCGGGCUGCCUCACAAGAGGGACGACGAGGCCCAGAAUCUCUCCGGCGGCAUGCAGAGGAAGCUAUCCGUUGCCAUGGCGUUCGUCGGAGGGUCCAAGGUAGUGAUCCUGGACGAACCCACCUCGGGAGUGGACCCCUAUUCCAGGAGGUCUAUCUGGGACCUCCUACUGAAGUACAGAGCUGGCCGGACAGUGAUCCUGUCGACUCAUCACAUGGACGAAGCCGACCUGCUGAGUGACCGCAUCGCCAUCAUCUCCAAAGGACAACUCCACUGCAGCGGAUCCCCCCUCUUCCUCAAGAACUGCUUCGGAGUCGGUUUCUAUUUGACGCUUGUCCGCCGGAUGAAAGAUCUCAAGAAGAAAGAGAAUGAUUGCGACUGUGCCUCAGACUGCUCCUGUUCCUGCUCCAUCUGUACCAGAUGCAAAGAUCAGUCUCAGAUCCAGUACCAGCAUCUGGACAGAGUUCUGGACGGGGACAUCGACAACAUCACCAGCCUCAUCCACCACCACGUCCCUGAAGCCAAGCUGAUCGAGAUGAUCGGCCAGGAGCUGACGUACCUGCUCCCCAAUAAAGGCUUCAAACACCGUGCGUACGCCAGCCUGUUCCGGGAGCUGGAGGAGACGCUCGCUGACAUGGGCCUCAGCAGCUUCGGCAUCUCCGAUACGUCACUAGAAGAGAUCUUCAUAAAGGUCACUGCUGAUGGAGAAGCCGCCAAUAAUGCCACCACUCCUGAGCAGUGGAUGUUACAGCGGAGAAAAAACGACGGCAAAGUUGGUGUAGAGGGAGACGAAGAUCACGAUGGUGUGGUGCAGACUAACGGGGUUGCGCACGGUGCAUCAGACAGCAGCGCAGGAAAGGGCUCCAGGCAGGUUAAAGGCCCCACUCUGAUCCUGAAGCAGUUCCAUGCGCUGCUGGUGAAGAGGUUUCACCACGCUGUACGAAGCCAGAAAGACUUCCUGGCACAGAUCGUCCUUCCUGCCAGUUUUGUCCUAAUAGCGCUGAUCUUCACCACGAUCGUCCCUCCAUUUGGAGAAUAUCCAAGUCUGACUCUGACCCCCUGGAUGUACGGACAACAGUUCACCUUCUUCAGUAACGAGCAACCAUUUGACCCCAAAAUGAAACGCUUUGCAGAGCGUUUCCUGAGCAAACCAGGCCUGGGGACACGCUGCAUGGAAGGAGAACCACUCGAAAUGCCCUGUAAUCACACCACGUCAGAGUGGGAGAACCCGGGCGUCUCUCCCGUGGUCAACAACAUCUUACUGAGUCCAGAGUGGAACCAGAGGAACCCGUCGCCCUCCUGCCAGUGCAGCACCAGUAAGAAGCUCACCAUGAUGCCCAUCUGUCCCAUCGGGGCAGGAGGCGCGGCCCCUCGCCAACGAACGGAGGCGACGGGCGACACGAUGCUGGACCUGACGGACAGGAACAUCUCCGACUACCUGGUCAAAACCUACCCGAGUCUCAUCAGAACCAGUUUGAAGAGCAAGUACUGGGUGAAUGAACAAAGAUAUGGAGGUCUGUCAGUGGGGGGGCAGCUUCCCAUCCUGGACGUCGACCCCAAAGACAUUCAGAAUUUCUUCAGACAACUGGGACAAAUGCUCAACAUCACAGCGGGUUACCAUUCUGGACUUGCACUGAAGGAGACUGGCCCCUUCUUACGAUACAUGGAGAGUGAAUUCAAUGUGAAGGUGUGGUAUAACAACAAAGGCUGGCACGCCAUGGUGGCCUUCAUGAACGUGGCCAAUAACGCCAUUCUGCGGGCCUUCCUUCGCCCGUCAGCCAAACCCGUCGAGUUUGGCAUCACCGCAAUCAACCACCCGCUGAACCUCACCAAGGAACAGCUCUCUGAAGUCACGGUGUUGACCACUUCGGUCGACGCCGUCGUGGCGAUCUGUGUUAUUUUCGCCCUGUCCUUCAUCCCUGCGAGCUUCGUCCUCUACCUCAUCCAGGAGCGCGUGACCAAGGCCAAGCACCUGCAGUUUGUCAGCGGGGUCAGCCCUUUGGUUUACUGGGUGGCCAAUUUCUUCUGGGACAUGGUUAACUACUUUCUCAGCACCGCGCUGGUGGUCGGCAUCUUCGUGGCUUUUGACAAAAAGUGCUACACAUCACCAUCCAACCUGCCAGCGCUAGUAGCUCUGCUUCUACUCUAUGGGUGGUCGGUGACGCCCAUGAUGUACCCCUUGUCCUACAUAUUCAGCAUCCCAAGCACUGCGUAUGUUUCCCUGUCCUGCAUCAACCUGUUCAUAGGCAUCAACAGCAGCGCCAUCACCUUCAUCCUGGAGCUUUUUGAAAACAACCGGUCUUUGCUGAUGUUCAAUGAGUGGCUCAAGAAAGGUCUGCUGGUGCUCCCUCACUUCUGCCUGGGGCGAGGACUGAUCGACAUGGCCAUGAGCCAGGCUGUCACUGAUGUUUAUGCCAGAUUUGGUGAAGAGUACAAACAGGACCCUUUCCGCUGGGACUCUGUCGGCAAAUAUAUAACUUUCAUGGCAGUGGAAGGCUUUGUCUACUUUAUUUUAAAUGUACUGAUCCAGUACCGGUUCUUCUUGGACCACUGGUUAUCAGACUACAAGCAGACCUCCGUGAGAGAGGAGGACGACGACGUGGCAGCAGAGAGGCAGAGGGUUUAUGAUGGAGGGAGCAAGGCCGACAUCCUCCAGAUCCGAGAUCUCUCCAAGACGUACGUGGGCAGGAAGAGGGCGGCUGUGGACCAAAUAUGUGUGGGUGUCCCCGCAGGAGAGUGCUUUGGUCUCUUGGGAGUUAAUGGUGCUGGAAAAACGACGACCUUCAAGAUGCUGACUGGUGACAGUGAUGUCAGCUCGGGGGAGGCUACUGUGGCUGGUUACAGCAUCCGGACAGAGAUCCUGGACGUGCACCAGAACAUGGGAUACUGCCCUCAGUUUGAUGCCAUCGAUGAGCUACUAACCGGCAGGGAGCACCUUUACCUCUACGCCCGUCUCCGAGGGGUGCCCGAGUCCGAGAUCCCCAGAGUGGCGGAGUGGGGCAUCCAGAAGCUGGGCCUGACGGAGUACGCCAGCCGCCACGCAGGCACAUACAGCGGAGGCAACAAGCGCAAACUCUCCACCGCCAUCGCCAUGAUUGGUUGCCCAGCGCUGGUGCUGUUGGACGAGCCCACGACGGGGAUGGACCCCCAUUCUCGACGCUUCCUGUGGAAUGCCAUCAUGAGUGUCAUCCAGGACGGCAGGGCCGUGGUGCUGACUUCACACAGUAUGGAGGAGUGUGAGGCCCUGUGUACCCGACUAGCCAUCAUGGUCAAUGGGAAUUUCAAGUGUCUGGGUACCAUACAGCAUCUCAAAUACAAAUUUGGUGACGGCUACGUAGUGACCAUGAAAAUCAAGGCAGCUAAAGCGGACUUGUCCCCCGACCUGGAGCCCGUCGAGAGCUUCAUGGAGAGCAGCUUCCCCAGCUGCGUUCAGAGGGAAAAGCACUACAACACGCUGCAGUACGAGAUCGCCUCGUCGUCCCUAGCGAGGAUAUUUCAGCUGGUGGUGGCCAACAAAGAGAGACUCAGCAUCGAAGAUUACUCCGUUUCCCAGACAACACUGGACCAGGUGUUCGUCAACUUUGCCAAGCAACAGACAGGAGAGGACGAAGACAUGACUCUACACAGAAGAACAGCAGGUGUAAGAAAAGACAUCAAGAUCUCUCCAGUGCAGAAGAAGACAUGAAAGUGUCCUGGAAAUGUAAAAAAAAAAUAAACACAGAUAACACAGUGCUGGCGUUACGUUGUGCGGGGCAGUGAAAUCACUUUCUACUUUUAGUAAUUCACUAGCUGGAUUGCAUUGCAUAAGUCUGGAGAAGAGUCCGACCCGUUGACCUGCUUAAGUUACUGGUAGAACAGCUCGCGUUUCCAGCCAAAGACACAAAAUGUACAAGCCGUUGCUGCGAACAGCAGAAACUGAUGUAGAAAAAUGUCAAAUAUGAAAGUUUUUUUUUUUUUUUUUAGAUUGACUGGCUUGUAUAAUUUUGUACAUAAUACACACAUACAAUCUGUGUGUAAUGAGUAUUUAAGCACUUUAGAAGCAAUAUUUUUUUGUAAUGUUUAUAUAAAUGCACAUAUAUUUAAUGCUCAAAACACAUGUAUUGCUUUCUUUCUUUUCAGUAAUCCCCUUUUGAGCAUUUAAGUAUUUCUUGUAUGCUCUGUUUCAUACAUUGAAAUCUUACAUUGCAAAAGUGUCAGCCAUGCAAAAUAUUCUUCCUAAAGAAUUCCAAUUUGGUGGGGAAUUAUAUUUUGCAUCUGACCAAAUUACAACCUGUUUCAUAUUUCUAGCUGUUUAUGCGUCAUAAUUUCCAAA